CGUGUUAGUUGCGUUCAAAGCACCAACAAGAAUAGGCGUCAGUGUGAUGUUUCCCGCCUGAAAGAUCAGUGUAUGUUUGGACUAAAAUUAUUGAUCGUAAACGGAUCAUUGUGCAACCGUCGCUCGCGCAGCUCUUUGAAAUCAUUCUGCCCUAUCGCGACAUACCUUGUUACGAGCCGAAUUACUAAUUCGACUAUUCAGUAUUCUAUUCGAUCGUGUACAGUAAACUCGUGUGUGUAAUAUAUGUUUAUUUUUUAAAUAUGUUUAUCGUUUGACGUCGACUUGUAUGGUUACGAUAACAGUUGAUAACGUGUGACAAGAUAAAUGAAAUCGAGUUUAUACGCUAAAACCAACUAGUUUUAUUACCUGGAGAGUUAUCACUGUACAACAAUGUGGUAAAAUAUUUUAGAAUUAAAUGUAAAUUAAUUGAAGUGGUUCCUUUUAUAAACAUUAUCUACGCAUGAGUGAUGCGUCUGCGCCGGUGCAAGUGUUACGUUAGGACUAUUUUCGUGGCACGGAAAUAAGAGCGGCAAAAGGAACAAAAAGCUCGGAUCGCCUGAAAAACUUGAGGACGUAGUGUUGAGUAUAUUUCUGUCUGUUGUGGCCCGAUGUCCGCAACACUUGUGUGUGAAAUUGGUGUCGUAUUGUGAGUUGUUCCUGAAAAUGAAGAGCACGAUCAGAUCGAAACUAAAGUCUAUAUUUAGUUCAAAAAAAGGUAAAAAGCAACACCAACAGUCUUCGAAGUCAUCCCGCUCACCAUCGCCCGAGUCUCCACCAGACACAUCACCAGAACAGGAUGAGGCCUACCAGCCGGUGCUUCGGACGCCGCCUCCGAGCCGCGCGGGUCCCCCUCCAUCGCCACCAGUGCCCACGAACCCAGUGGCGCCCGUGGCUCCGGAACCAUCAGCCCCUCUCCCCUUGAUGCCGUGCCUCGUCUGUGGACGGACCUUCGUGCCGCAGUCGCUCGCGAAACAUGUGAAGAUAUGCGAGAAGAUGACUGUUAAGAAACGAAAGACGUUCGACUCUUCAAGGCAGAGACGAGAAGGUAUGAAGGCGACAAACAGUAAUACCGGUACGGAUCUGGAACAAUACUUGCCAAAGAACUUCGGUCUUCCAGAAAACAGCCCGUUCCUUGAGAAAAGUCCGCCAAACACGGCUAAACCCACGCCAAAAACUAAGCCACAUUCUGUGAGAAGUGCUAUCAUGAAGCCAGCCGCAGAGCUGCAAAAGUGUCCGCACUGCGCACGCGCAUUCGGCGUGCGCGCGUUCGAGCGGCACGUGGAGUGGUGCGCGGACAAGGCGAAGAUCCUGCCCGCCGCGCCCGCGCACGCCGCGCCGCACAUCGCCGACGCCAAGCAGCGCCUCAAUGCGCGCACGCAGUACAAGGCGCCACCCGUCAGGCAGCGCAAAUCAUCCCAAACACGCGAAAAGUCAUCCAACAGCAGAUCGGCGUCUGUAGACUCCUCGCGCGGGGUGUCGCCUCCGCCGCCCAGGGAAUAUGGUGAUUACAGACAAGGACGUAUUAGAGCUUCAGAAUCUAUGUCAAGUAAUGAUUGUCACGAAGACACAUCUCCUCAUGUGCCCGUGAUAAGAAACUCGAGAAAUUCACAAAACAACUCAUCAGGCGACGCAAAUGUCAAAGCAAGGCAGGCGAGACUCGCCAGAGAUCUUAGCAGUUCUAGAAAUACCCAAAAUCCUCGAUCCUCCUCUAUCCAACAAAGUCGUACUGAUCCGAAUAUAAAAAAGUCUCAACCGGAAAGUAAACCCAAAACAAGAAUGAACGUCAAAAAGCAACAACAGUUGAAAAAGCUUGAAGCUAUUGCAAGUAAAUAUAGUGAAGACAAAAAGAAUGAACAGAAGGAUAAUUCAAAGAUCAGGCGCGAAAAAAGUCUUAUUCCAGUACCAAAAAAAAUCAAAAAAAAAUCUGAAACAGUAGCUCCUACCAAUAAUCCACCAAUUGAAACAGUUUUAAUUAAGGAAGAAAUCAAAGAAGUAAAAGUGAAUACUCUUAAACAAAAGAAACCGAUACAUUUAUUAGAAGCUACCUCUCAAAUUUCCCUGAAAGAUAAGACAUUAGACAAGAAGAUAGAAAAGAAAUUAUUAAAUAAAGAAAAGGUUGAUCCACUUACAAUCACCAAGGAAAGUACCAUGAGUUUAGAUAGUCUUGAAGAAUGCCCACAGAGUGGAAGUAGUCACAAAGAUUCUUUAUAUAACUUAAAUACGGAACUACUUUGUGUUCCUUGUGUAUUACACAACACGACUAAUGAGAAGCAAUAUAAAAGAUCUAGUAGCAAAAAUAAAUCCAAAGUUAAUCAUCACGUAAAAAAUAUAGAUAGUAAUAUUAUUGAGCCUAAAGUAGAAUUACUUUAUAGAAAUCCAAUUGUUGUUAGCUCUUGUGAUAUAAUGAUUCCAGAAUGCUACGAUGAUAAGAACUGUUCACAAAAAGACUUAGCUUUUAAUUCACCAGUAGAAUCCAUUUUGCCGGACAGUCUUAAUCUUGAUAAUACCGAGUCGUCAAUUUGUCUUAAAAAUUAUAAUUAUGACGAUGACAAUAAAAAAAAUUGUUUAUUAAAUAGUGAAACUAAUAAUGUUAUUGAAGAUGCAAACUUCGAAUCUGAGGAGCUUAAUAAUUUAUCAGCUGAAAAUAUUGAAGAAAACUAUGAACACGAUCUAAGUGAAGAAUUAUUUAAUGAUUCUGCUGACAACAAUUUUGAAGAAAACGAAGAAAAAAGACAUGGUAGUGGCGAAACUUAUACAAAGUUCACAGAAAAUCCUGCAGAUCUAGAUGAAUUUAUGAUUAUGACUGAUAAAUUAUUACAUAAUCGGAACUUAAAUGAAACCAAAUUUGAAAUAGAAAAAAAUGUAGAGAAUUUUCAUACUCCUAAAACAAAUUCAUUAGAAACAAUCAAUCAGUCUGUUAUGGGAACUAUUGAUACUGAAGGUAAAGAGGAACCGACGCGGAAUUUUUCCGAUAAUUUUGAACAAUUAAAAAAUGAUUUAAAAGAAUUACUUGGAGAUGCUGACAAUGAUGUGAAACGCAAAUUAAAUAUUGAAGAGUUUAACGAAGAUAAAAUUAACAGACAAGUUUCUGAUAUGGAACACAUUACUGUGUAUGAACUUAAGUUUUAUGAAGAGGAAUCAAACAAAGAUAAUAUCACAGGCGAUUAUGAUGAAAGAAAUAGUUCCCCUGAAUUUAAACUACCGUCUAUAACAUCAAGAAAUAAAUUAGACACAAAAAUUCCUCAAAAUCGCAAAAAGUUGCAAAAAAUAUAUCAGCCUAACCGCAAGAAUAGAGUAAUAAAUGCACAAACACGCGCUAAUAAAGAAUACCAAACGUUUAUUGUUAAGGAAAAUGUAGACAGUGACAAUCAAUCCAUUUCAUCAGAAGCGCCACCUUUAAAAUUACCUAGAAUAGAAAACAAGAGCAGUAAUAACAUUGUCAAUGACAACCUGUUCCCAUCCUCUGUGAAACGUUCCACGUCCCUCCUGGAUUCAAUCCAAAAGAAAAGCGUGCAGAAAACAGAGUAUGCAAAGGGUCGCAACAAAACAGAGCAGCUCGAACAAGACAUAAUGCAGUCGCUUAAAGAUUUCGAUAAAUUUUACGAAUCCGAAAAGAUUGACAGUUGCCAUUCAAGCAAAGAAACAGUCAACUAUAGCGUGAAUGCAAACGUUAAUACAGUGAAACGCGAACCUCUAGCGAAAUUGGAUCGUAAACCGAAGAAAAAAGAAACUAUAUCAAAUGGAAAUUACACACCGAAUGGCAAAUCGAGCAAUGAUUCAGCUUAUAGCAGGUUAGUCAGCUUAAACCGAAUAUCGCCUGCGAAAUUAACGAUCUGCAAUAAGGAACCUAAUGGACUUCCACCAAUGGAUAAAUGUCCCAUAAGUUCGGAUACUGGUAGCAGUCAUAAAGAGGACAACAGGUCUAUUUCUAGCGAAGAGUUUCUGGCGAUGGAACGAUCUGCUGAAAUCGACGGCGCGUCUCCACAAUCGGAGCAACAUACAAAUUACAAAGAAUUGGAUAAUCAUGCACUCAAUGACAAACGCACAAGCUCCCGUUCGUCGUCGCGGCGCAGCUCGACGUGGAAGCCGCACGGGUCGCUGAGCUCGAGCGGGUCGGAGGCGUCGCUGCACGCGCGGCAGUGCGCAGGCGCACCGGCGCCGGCGCCGCGUCUCUCUCGCUUCUGCCACGAAUGCGGCAGGAAAUUCCCCGUCGACACCGCCAAAUUUUGCAUUGAAUGCGGUGUCAAACGACUACUAGUUUAAUCAGAUGACACUGGAGUCAAUCUAGAUAUCUAGUCCGUAGUUAAACUAGAAUAACAUAUGUAUCGAAUGUUAUGUCACAUUUUGCAAAGGAGUUUAUUCACUGCGAUGAAUGAGAUGGUGUUUCAUGAAUGAUCUUAAUAUAUUUACAGAACUUACUGCCCUAAAUUAUUGAAUAAUAUAUGAAUUACACUAUGUAAAGUAUGAUGAUAGAAUACUUCGCGUGCAAAUGUAAAAGAAUCCCUGCUAAUUUGCUUGCAGAAAGUGCUACUGUCGUCUGUAACAGUAAACUCAGUGUUGAAGUAAUGUCUGACAAUACAGUCACAAAUAACGUAACAUUGAGUUGGUUUGCAUUUGAGAAUUAUUUAAGUAUGCCUUAGUAUAGGUACCUGGUUAUGAAGUGUAUAUUCUUAUAUAUGCGCACACAAUUUAACAAUGGACCAUUGCUGCCUUUAUUUAAAAAGAUGUUAAGUUAAAGCUUGCUUGAAAAGUUUAGUAAUAUAGUUAAUAAACUUAUAAUGUUACCAAAUUUCUAUAAUUUAUAAACUAAUUUGUGCCUUCUUGAGUAGAUAGAACUAAUUUCGAUUGUUUUGAAGGAAGACGCUGUUUUAUUUGCACAGUGUUGUGUAUUUUGUCUUGACAUAAAGUAUCAACGAUCUGGCCAGGGUAGCCUUGGAAAUCAAAAAUAUCUGUGAUAUGUGGAAAACUUGAAAUGUCAGAAUUAGUGUCCCAAUGUAUGAAUGGCUUCUGAGGUAACUUAUAAGUGCCAAUUUGUUUAUUUUCGUUUUUAAUGGAAUUUUGUGUAUAUUUUUACUUUGUUUUGGAAUUGAUAAUGGAUAAUAUUUUUAUAAUUACACUUCCUAGGAUUUCCAUCAAUGUCUCUUGUCCACAGUAUAGUUGGCCAUUUUAACAAGACUGAUUUUAUUUUCAAAGUUUUCGAACUAUGAAUAAUCCUUAGUUACUGUUGUAUAUUGAUUUUAAUAAAAUAACAAUUUUAUCAUGUAAUAAAUUAACAUUUUAUCAUA